GAUCUGCAAGCUGAGGUGGACUCCUACCAGAACGCCUUCGACAACAUCAACCACACAGGAAGUCAGGUGACAAGAGCAAUGGUGGCCCCAGACUCACACAAACUGCAGGCCAGACUUGAGGAAAUGAACAAGAGGUGGUUGCAUUUGAUGGAGAAGUCCAUGGAGAUAAGAGGCCGUCUGGAAAGUAACACAGACCAGUGGGCGAGACUGGUGAAAACAUUGCAGACACUGCUCACCUGGGUCAGUGAGAGACAGGUAGAGCUGCAUCAGCAGCAGCCGAUAGGUGGAGACUUGGCCAGUGUUCAAAGACAGGCAGUAGAAAAUCAGCGUCUGCAACAGCAACUGGAACUGAAGAGACCUCUUAUAGAACAAAGCUUGGAUGCUGGGAAAUUCUACCUGCGGGAGGAAGGGGAAGACCUUCGCUACGAUAGCAGUGGAGAAAGCACUGAUGAUAGCUAUCCAGAUGGCACAUCAGAGAAAGAUGCCAGACUUUUGAUACGCAAGAUUGGCAGUCAGGUUAGACUGCUGAACCAGAGGUGGGCUGAGCUAAACCAGAACAGCAUGAAGUGGCAGAUGAAAUUGGAUGAGGUUGUUGAGCGUAUGAUGAUGUUCCAUGACUCAAUGGACUGUCUGCAUGAUCGUCUGGUAGCAGCAGAGAGGGAGAUUAAAGAUUGGCCAAAUGUUGCAGAUAUUAUCAUAGGGGAGCUGCAAACAGAAAUUGAUAGAACCAAGAGCUUCCAACUUAGGUACCCACUUCAAGGAGAAGUUGAUGACGUUACAGAUCAAGCCAACAGGCUCCAAGAGGCGGAUGUCAUUCUCUCUCAUCAUAAUGUACAUAGACUAGAGGACUUCACCCAGAGGUGGAACUCCUUACACAAAAUGUUGCAAGACAGGUUACAGCAUCUUCAAGAUGCCCUGAACGCAUACGGUCCAAAUUCGCAGCAUUUCUUAACAGAAUCUGUUGACAGCCCUUGGGAACGAGCUGUUGCAGGGAACAAAGUGCCUUAUUACAUCAAUCAUGCUACAGAGACAACACAGUGGGACCAUCCUCAGUUAACUGCCCUUAUGGAGGCCCUUAUGGAGUUGAACAAGAUCCGGUUUGCUGCAUACCGUACAGGAAUGAAACUAAGAAUGCUGCAGAAAAAGUUAUGCUUGGAUAUGGUGUCCUUGCAAAUGGUAGUUGAUGCUUUUGACAGCCAUGGGUUAAGGGGUCGCAAUGACAAGCUGAUAGAUGUCGGUGAGAUGAUCGAGUGCCUGUCUACAAUCUUCGAGGCAGCAGCCAAAUUUCACCCACAGAUUGUGAAUGUGCCACUUUCAGUAGACCUGACGCUGAAUUGGAUUUUAGAUGUGUACGACAGUGUCAGAAGUGGCAAAGUGCGGGCUCUGUCUUUCAAAGUGGGAUUAGUUCUGCUCUGUCAGGCUCAGCUUGAGGAUAAAUACAGAUACAUCUUCAGACUUAUUGCUGACACAAAUAAAUUUGCCGACCAGCGAAAACUAGGACUUCUCUUAUAUGAUUGCAUGCAAAUUCCACGCCAGCUGGGAGAAAUUGCAUCAUUUGGAGGCAGCAACAUUGAACCUAGUGUUCGCAGCUGUUUUGAAAAGGCAAAUGGUCGUCCAGAAAUCGAAGCAUCACAUUUCUUAGAGUGGUUAAAAUUGGAACCACAGUCUUUGGUAUGGCUUCCUGUGCUUCAUCGACUUGCUGCGGCUGAAACUGCCAAACAUCCAAGCCAAGUGUAUCGCUGUUUGAAGUGUUUCAACUUUGAUGUGUGCCAGAACUGCUUCUUCUCUGGUCGCAUUGCUAAAAGCCACAAGCUUACUCACCCAAUGCAGGAAUACUGUACAACUACAACAUCUGGGGAAGAUAUGCGAGAUUUCUCCAAAGUGUUCAAGAAUAAAUUUAAGUCAAAACGCCACUUCAAGAAACAUCCCCGACGAGGUUAUCUCCCUGUUGAUUCUCAUUUAGAAGGAGACAGCCUGGAGAGCCCAAACCCAUCGCCACAGCACAGCAUUUCUCAGGACAUGCAUUCCCGCCUUGAGAUGAUGUCAAGUCGGAUUGCAGAGGUUGAACAGAGACAGGGGGCAGUGUCUGAUAUAGAAGAUGAGCACCACUUAAUAGCCCAGUACUGCUCAAGUUUAAAUGGAGACCCCUCAUCCCAUGCUCUGAAGAGUCCAAUGCAGAUCAUGAUGGCAGUUGAUGCAGAGCAGAGGCAGGAACUUGAGACUAUGAUACAUGACCUGGAGGAUGAAAACAGAACUUUGCAAGCAGAAUAUGAUCGUCUUCGCCAAGUGGCAGAGCAGAGAUCAGAGAGCUCGCCACGGAUGUUGGGAGGGGAUGAGGAGACUAAUAACAGUAGUCGAGAUGAGGAGAUGUUGGCAGAGGCCAAGUUGCUGCGUCAUCACAAGGGACGGUUGGAGGCACGAAUGAGAGUGUUGGAGGACCACAACCAGCAGUUGGAGGCCCAACUUGGAAGACUGAAGCAGCUUCUGGACCAGCAGCCUCAAGUUGACCAUAGUUACCUUUCCUAUGACUCAUCUUCAAGGACAACCCCAGUGACAACUCCAUCGUCAUCCCAGAGUUCUCUCCCCACUGGGCCAGUGAGAUACCGGUUAGCCCCACAGAUGGAGUCCACACCUCACACCAAUGGCCAUUCUGGAUUCAGUGACGAUCUGGACCUGAGUGGAUUUGUCACAGAAAUCAAUAGUCCCCCUCACUAUAGCGCUAUAAAAGCUAGAGGUGCCAGCAACAUUGGUGACCUCUUUCAUUCAGCGGGAGAAGUAGGCCAAGCAGUCGGCUCUUUAGUCACUGUCAUGACUGAUGAAGAUGCAAUGACACCAAACAGCAUUGACGGCACCGCCAUUAAGCAUACAGAAAGACUCUGA